AUGGCUGAUAUGGGGCAGCCUUUGGAUGAAGAAAUCAUCGAACUGCCAGAUAUAUUUAUUAUAAAUGAUCCGGAUAAUGGCAAUGAGUAUGAAGCUGACGAUAUGGACCUUCCCGUUGAAGAUGAUCAGGAGGAGGAGGAGGAGGAGGAUGACGACGAGGAAAAUGAUGAGGGCGAUCGCAUUCAAAUUAUUGAGGAUCCAGCUUUGAUGGUUAUGCAGCCACACCAACGCAUUCCUGAGUUGUCAAUGGACGUCACCGGUUACAAUGUUCCAAUUGGCGGUAUUCACUAUUCUGCUGUCGUCGACGUUCACUGCUAUGACCGCAUGGUCUGGAAAAAGUUCUGCAAUUUGGAAAUUUGGACGCAUGAGGCUUAUAAGCAGCAGAUUAAUUCCAUUACAGCGAGUGCAUUUGAAAGAUUCUCCUUUCACGAUCGUGUGAGCUUCACUGAUGUACCUAUUGAUCGCAAUCUGAUUGAAUAUCUUUGGAAAGAAGCUGACUUCAGCAACGUCCGACGACUCGAAUUUCACCGAUGCACGUUCGAAGUCGACACGUUCAAAAUUCAAUACUUUUUGUGUUCGCUCCAAAUCUCGGUUCUCGUCUUCGAUAAAUGCACCAUCGACCCAGCAGUCUUCAGCGAUGUGGUUUUCAAUCGAAUGUGCUCACUUCGCGAAAUCGUCGUCAUUAUGAAGGAUCCAUACACCGCCUUGCCGCAUAUCUCGGACUUCACUUUUCAUCACUGGUCGUUUUAUGGCACCCCUCGCGGUUUGACAUUUUUGAAUUGCGUCUUCCCCAACGUCUCGCCAAAUGUGUUGCAACAGCUUGCCGUGGUUGAAUCGACGAAAAGCUAUGGACAGGCUUUUUUAUGUCGGAAGCUUAUGCUCGCAAUGAAGAAUCUUCUUCUGUGA